ACUGGGGAGUUUUUCAUGUAAUGCCCGUGGUGAUGCCCAUUGCAAUUGUUGUUGUUUCAAUUUCAAUUUCGUUUCAAUGCAUAUUUUAUAUUCUGCCCGAUUCUGGCUGAUUCUGACCAAUUAAAAUCCACAAAGACUGAGGUGCUUGCUGGCCAAAUUUGGAAAGGCCUCAUGCAUUGUUGCUGUCAUUGCCCAAUGCCCAUUGGUAUUUAUUGAAAACCAGAUUAAAUUGGUUUAUAACAUUCACAUAACCUGAACCUAUUAGCAUCAAAACUAACUGCUUGAGGCUUUUGAGUGCUAGACCUCAUCAGCAAUGGCAGCUUCUUCAGAGAUCAUCAAUUUGAAUGUUGGUGGGACAAGGUUUUCCACCUCGCGCCAGACGCUGACGUGGGUGCAGGACACCUUCUUCACCGCCAUGCUGAGCGGCAGGAUCUCCAGCAUGCGCGACGAGACGGGCGCCAUCUUCAUCGACAGGGACCCCAAGCUGUUCGGCGUCAUCCUCAACUACCUGCGCACCCGCGACAUUGACCUCAGUUCGGUGGACCUGGACGCGCUGCGCCACGAGGCCGAGUUUUACGGCCUGCAGCCGCUGGUGGGCCGGCUGGCGCUCUGUCAGGAUCUGACUGCGCCCACCUGUGGCAGUGUGCUGUUCCACGGACUGCUGCAGCCGGCCGUCCCGCCGCCGUCACCCCAUUUCGCGGAGUCGGCGCUGGCUGAAGGGGCCGCCGCCGCUGCCGCCGCCGCCGCUCGGCCCGGGUCCAUCGUCCGGCUGCCGGAGACGCCCCGCUCGCACUCCCGCCAGUCGUCUGCCGACCUCAGGUUCGUGGCCGGUCUGGCGGCGCGGCCAGCACCAGUACCUAUGGGUCGGCCGGGCCACUCGCGCGGCGGCUCGCUGGAUCUGCGCCACCCGUCACACUCGCGCAGCUCCUCAGCUGAUCUGAGCCGCCUGCUGGCCCCGCCCGGCGGGGGAGGGGGCGGAGGGCUGGCCGGUCUGGCAGGGUGGCACGAGGCGGCCGGUGUGCGGAUCAUCAGGGGACACCACAACUGGCUGGUGGCUGCCUACGCGCACCACGUGUCCUGCUACCGCAUGAAGGACUCCACAGGCUGGCACCUGUUCUACACCUCUCCCUACAUCACCAGCGCUAUCGACCGCGUGGCCAUCAACGCCAAGGUGGUGCCCACUGGCUCGGUGGCCGACGCCAGCACUAAGAUGCUGGGUAUCAGCUGCGGUGCCUCGGUACACCUGUGGCGCAUAUCGGAGGACGGCUCCAAGUCGGACGUCGGUCAGUUCAGUCUGGGUGUGCCGGUGGAGCACCUGUUUUUCAUCGGCCCGCAGCUGGUGGCUCUCUCCUCGGCGGGCCGAAUCGGCGUCUGGCACGCCAUGACCCACCACUGGCAGGCGCAGGAGAUCGGCAGCGUGUCCAGCUUCGACCGGGCCGGGAGCUUUCUGCUGCUGGGCGGCACCAAUGGCUGUAUCUACUACAUAGACAUGCAGAAGUUUCCGCUGCGUAUGAAGGAUAACGACCUGCUGGUGACGGAGCUCUACCACGACGCCAGCAAUGACCCGAUCACGGCCAUCAGUGUCUACCUGACUCCGAAAACAAGUCUGUGCGGCAACUGGAUUGAGAUCGCGUACGGCACCAGCUCGGGCACGGUCCGUGUGAUCGUACAGCACCCGGAGACAGUCGGACACGGGCCGCAGCUCUUCCAGACGUUCGCCGUCCACCGCAGCCCCGUCACAAAGGUCUCCCUCUCGGAGAAGUUCCUCAUCUCGGCGUGCUCCGAGUACCACCACGUGCGCACCUGGUCCGUCACCAGGUUCAGAGGCAUGAUCUCCACCCAGCCGGGAUCGCAGCCGCUGGCCAGCUUCAAGAUCGUCAGCCUGGAGAGUGUGGACCACCAGCCGGCGCACGCGGUCGGAAAUGACCCAGGUCCGUACGGUGAGCAGGACGACGAACAGGUGUUUGUCCAGAAGGUGGUACCCGACACGGACCUCCUGCUGGUCCGACGGGCCUCGGACGGCGAGCGUGUGUGUCAGGUGCGCUCUGUGGACGGAUCCACGAUCACGGCCUUCUGUAUCCACGAGUGUGAGGGCAGCAGCCGGAUGGCCAGCCGGCCCCGCAGGUACCUGAUCACGGGUCACAGCACGGGCGCACUGCAGAUGUGGGACCUCACCACUGCUCUGGAGCAGCGACAGCAGGGCCGGGCCCCAACCGAGGACGGCGGGCCGACAGCACGAGAGCUACUCCGCCUGCUCGAGCCGCAGGAGCUCUCUGCCACACCGUGUGUCACGCCCUCGCUGCUGGCCGCUUCCUCCGGGCGGCUGAAGCCGGAGAACGCGCGGCUGAUGGCGCAGACGGAGCGCGGGUAUGAUACGGACGUGUGACGCCGCAGGAGCGGCCGGACGGCGCCGGCGGCCGGUGCCGUCUGCUGCUGGCCUCCGCAGCCGCAGCGGCUGUGAGAGGAAGGACGGUGGACUGGGAUGGAGAUAAAGCCGUGUCAGCAGCUGUGAGCGAUAGGUGGACUGGGGCGGAGAUAUGGCCGCUGAACCACCUGUGAGCGAGAGGACGGUGGGCUGGGGCGGAGAUGCGGACUGGACGUGCGAACGGCGGUCUGGAACGGAGAUAUAGCCGUAUCAUCGGCUGUGAGCGGAGAACGGCGGACUGGGAUGGAGAUAGAAGUGCUUACAGUCACAGCCGCCCGCCGGAGCAGCUUGCGACCACAGGACGGUGGACUGAGACGGAGGUAGAGGAUGACAAAAUGGAGAGCUAAUGGCUGUGUCGAGAUGGAUGAACUCAACUCACUGUGAGUGAUUCGUUUCUGCAAAGGUAGGUAUUAUUCGGACAAUGAAGCCAUGACAGAGCUUCAGGCAGGAGAGCAUUCGAAGUGGAAUGUUUUAGAGAUUAUUCCUGUGUGCUAAUCUGUUUACCGAACUAGUGCGAAGGCACUCAUGAACUUCAUAGAUAUUACUGAGCAAGGGUUGUUGAGAGCCGAUGGACCCUAUGGAACACGUUAUGAGCUAUGCAUGCAUUCUAUUUGGCGCGGCCCAACGAUGGACUCUCGGUGCAGUGGCCUAUCGCAUCCACGCAGCUUGAUGAGCUAUGGGAACGCCACACUCAUGAUACUGGGAUACUGUAACGCAUGCUGGACUGUCCCCAUAGACUUUCCCUAAGGAGUCGUGCCCUAGGGCGGCGGUCCAAACCAAAGAGGGCGCUUGUGUUGUGUGCGCUACGCCACUAGAGGCGUGUAAGCGCCGUAGGCUUCCCAGUAGAGCUCUUAUCCCUAGUGGGUGGGUUUAUACAGGAUGUGUCCCAAUGGGUGUGGUUGUGCACGUUAGUUUGUUGGUAGGGGGGUCAGGGUGAAGGGCUAGUAGAGAGGAGAGGGAGAGAGAGAAGGAGAGAGAGAGAGAGAGAGAGAGAGAGAGAGAGAGAGAGAGAGAGAGAGAGAGAGAGAGAGAGAGAGAGAGAGAGAGAGAGAGAGAGAGAGAGAGAGAGAGAGAGAGAGAGAGAGAGAGAGAGAGAGAGAGAGAGAGAGAGAGAGAGAGAGAGAGAGAGAGAGAGAGAGAGAGAGAGAGAGAGAUCCCCGAAAUACGGAUUUAUUAGUGGAUAUAUCAUGCCUUAGCUUAGCGCGUUCCGUAUUAUGACUGCAUUAUUCCUGAACACAUUGUGAUAGUCGACGCACCUUCUGUAUAACUCGACGCCGGUGUCUGUCGGCGCCCCUGAUCUCUAGCGAUCCCCCAUCCUCUCAUUUGCCCCCUUCCUCUCCCCUCUCCCACAUACCCUAGUUGGCCGGGAGGGCUUAUCUCGCCGACCACCUAUAUUACGUGCUACUGAACUGUUGUUUAUCAUGUAAUGCAACUUCUCGAUACAUAAGCACCAGCCAACGAUUCGAUUGUUUUUCUUUGUGCUACGAUUAUGAACUUGUUUUAAAGGAAGCUUACGGUUUUAUGCUAUUUGUUUCGGGCUGGAUUGAAGCUGUUGUGCGAGUGUUUUGUAUUUGGUUAAUUUUACGUUAAAUUUUGCUAUGAUGUAUCACGAGCAUAUUGCCAACCUUUCUGGUUUCGCCGAAUGCAUUGCUUUCGCAGUUAAUGUUAUUUCUAUCCAUCGUUAUCGUUCCCUUGUCAUACUUUCUCGUAACAUAUUCUCAUUUCGCCUAUUACGUUAUCACCCUCCUAUAAUCAAAUCGCAUUUCCUGUCAAAUGAAGCUUCUUUUCAUAUGUCCACCCCCGGUAAUUAGGUAGGCGUUUCCGGUGUCCGAGGCAAACAGACUGCUCCGGUAUUGUUUCUGUUAGACUGCGUCUGAGGUGUGGAGCCUGACGUCCCUUCCGGGCUCCAAUUCUGUGAUACAUGUAUCCACUACUCGCCCUGAUCUGAAUGUAUGUUUCACUGGUGCGUCAACGUGUGCGCGAGAUAAAUUAUAUCAUGUUAUUA